UUAUGCUACUGAGAAAGACACCGUCAGACAACGGGCAGCCUUGUUAUCUGCUCGCGAGCAGGUAGACCUAAGUCGCCGGGGCUGCAACAGAAUUUCCCGCCUUGCAUCUCGACGCUACGUUUCUGCUACCUCUCAGCCUAUCAGAUACCAUGUCAACCCCGGGUCGAGACCAUUCGACCUCUCCUAUGGCGAGCACUCCUCGUGCUCCUCCUGUACCUACACUCCCUGACCCACCGCCCUCUCUGCCGACCGCCGCGAGCAGCCUCCCGUCUGUCUCUCUUCCUUCCCAUAGCAGUCCUCCCGACGAUGCCGCUUCUCGUCCCCCUCCGGCGCCCGAGUCGGAUCCCCCGUUGGAUUAUCUGAAUGGGGGCCCCUCCACCGCGAGCGGCGGCCUGGCGCCCGCGUCUUACCGCCAACCGGCUCCCGCGCGCUCUCUAUCUCCCUUGCGAAAUACCCUGUGCCAAGAGCCCGAUCAAGGUACCGCCGCACCAGGGGAGCCCGUGUCUCCUGGGAGACCUAGCGUGCAAUUUGCUCACGCCGAUGUGUUAUUCGAUCCCCCGCGACAACAGUCUCCGCACGGAUCGUGGGACGAAGGAGACCUCGACGCCAGGAAUAAUAGGUCACGCAGCGAAAGGUGGGUGUCGAAGCUGAGGUCCACCCUAGGCAGUUCGGCUGCUCUUCAGCCGCCGAAAUUCUCCAGUGUAUCGGACCACCCAGCUCAGCCCGCGAAUGCCUCGCCUGUCGUAGGCAGGUCUCAUAGGGUUCCAGAUACCCUCGAUGAGGAGGAGGGGAGCGACGCUGAUGUGGAGGCAAGCGGUGACGAGGACCAGAAUAGAGAUUUGCCCAAAAGUAGAAGGAAAAGGAUGCGGCGUCGCCUGAGGCAGUUGGACGUAUUUACCGCCCCCAGCAGCCCUAGACCCAUGGACGACCUCGACUCUCCUCAUCCGGGCCGUUUAAACACAAUGGCGAGGCGCUCGACGAUGCCCGAAGCUGCUGAACAUCGUGGCGGCUUGUCCGAGGGCGAGGGCCGCGAUCAGUUAAUCGGCCGGAGACCCAACUGGGCCCGCGGUAGCUCGUGGAUUGGCGCCCAGCGGACUAGAAAUGCUACUGCUGAGGAUGCCGAGAGCCCGCAGCCUCGCACCCCUGGCCACCGGCGCCGCAUCUCGGAAAUGUUUGGUGCUGGUGGGAUGUCUGAUGGCGAUUGGCUGACGACCCCGAAACGACCGUUCUUAGGUGCCGAUCGAGCUGCGACGUUCGGCGUCCAACGGUGGAAGCAGGUGAAGAACACGCUGCGAAUGCUAGGUAAAAGGAGGACGGACCAGUUCGAUUUCUACAAGUCUGCAGAACUCAUGGCUGAGCUCCGAGCGGUGACGCCGGCCGUUGUCAUCCUCGCCAGUAUGUUGCAGAGAGAUGAACACGGGAACAAGCGCAUACCCGUUCUCCUCGAGCAGCUGAACCUGCGGGUAAUCAAUAGCCGACCCGAAGACAGCACGAGCGAGCGGCAUACCAUCUUCACCAUCGCCCUGGAAUACGGGAGCGGGCUUAGCCGGAUGAGAUGGACGGUUACUCGGAGCGUCAGAGAGAUCUGGAAUAUCCAUUGGAAAUACAAGCUAUCCCUAAAGAAUGAUAUCACACUUCAGGCCACGACGAACCAACGGAUCCGCCCGAAGCAACCUCGUUUUCCGAGGAAAGCAUUCCCUUACCUGCGAACCUACCAAAAUCUCGAAGAGUCUGACGAGGAAGAAAAGCCGCCUGGAACUAGAGCCGAUGACACCGUCGCCGAAAUGACUGCGGGCGAAGCGACGGCUGCCGAGGGGACGGCCAGCGACAACGAGAGGCGGCCGAAUGCCUACCGAAAGAAGUCCCGCAUCAAUACCUUCUUGCCACGUCGGCAGUCGACCGGACUAGCGGAAAAUGGCGAGGUGCCCCCGGCAAACUCUCAGAAUUCCGCCUUGCUGAAGAAGAAGUAUAUCGAAAGACAGAGGAAGACGCUCGAGAAGUACCUCCAGGAAAUGGUCCACUGGCUCAUGUUCCGCGCCGACAGCAAUCGCCUCUGUAAAUUUCUGGAACUCUCUGCCUUAGGCGUGCGGCUCGCUGCCGAGGGCAGCUUUCAUGGAAAGGAGUGCUACUUGCACAUACAAUCUACGAACGGCAUCGACUUCAGGCGGGUACUAAGCCCGCAGAAGGUCAUCGCGCGGCAUAGCCGCAAGUGGUUCCUAGUCAGGCAGCAUUACAUCGCUGUCGUCGAAUCGCCAUCAACGAUGAAUAUCUACGACGUCUACCUGGUUGACCCGCACUUUCGUGUCGUGUCCAAGAAGAACAAGUUACGGCGGUUCGGCGCUAAAUUGCGGGUCGAGGCGGGAAAAGGGAAGCAGAAUGAAGGUGGCCACCUUACUGACGAAGAGUUCCACGAAAAGCACCAUACCCUCAAGAUAUAUUCAGUCGACCGAAAAAUCAAGCUCUUCUCCCGGAACCAGACGGUCUUGCAUCAGUUUGAGGAGUCGGUCCUGGAUAUGCUGAAGCAGACACAAUGGCAUCAGAGCCACAGGUUUGACAGUUUUGCGCCUGUGAGAACGGCCGCGUUCGCUCAGUGGCUCGUCGACGGGAGGGAUUACAUGUGGAAUGUUUCUCGAGCCAUAAGCAUGGCCCAGGAUGUCAUCUAUAUCCACGACUGGUGGCUCAGUCCCGAGCUGUAUAUGCGACGUCCUGCCUGUAUCAGCCAGAAGUGGCGUCUUGAUCGGCUGCUGCAGAGAAAGGCUAGGGAAGGUGUCAAGAUAUUCAUCAUCAUCUACAGAAACGUGGAGCAGGCCAUCCCUAUAGAUUCGGAGUACACCAAGUUCUCCCUUCUCAACCUGCACGACAAUAUUUUGGUUCUGAGGUCCCCAAAUCAGCUGAAGAAGAACCAGUUUUUCUAUGCCCACCACGAGAAGGUUUGCAUCGUCGAUCACGAUGUUGCCUUUCUGGGUGGCAUCGAUCUCUGUUUCGGCCGUUGGGACAACCCCCAACAUCCAAUCGCGGAUGAUCGGCCGACUGGUAUGGAGCCCGACGGAGACAGCCCUAGAGAUGCAGAACAUUGUCAACUGUUCCCCGGCAAGGAUUACUCGAACCCCCGCGUGCUAGACUUCUUCAAACUAAAUGAGCCCUACGAAGAAAUGUAUGACAGGAGCAAGGUUCCUCGAAUGCCCUGGCACGAUAUUGCGAUGCAAGUUGUGGGCCAGCCAGCACGCGACUUGACCCGCCACUUUGUUCAGCGGUGGAAUUACCUGCGACGGGAGCGCAAGCCCACUCGGCCAACACCCUUCCUUUUGCCUCCGCCCGAUGCGAACCCGGUGGAUCUUGAGGCUCUCGGUCUGUCGGGCACGUGUGAGGUCCAGAUUCUGCGUUCGGCUGGCGAUUGGUCUCUUGGCUACCCGAAGGACUUGAGAGAGCACAGCAUCCAGUCAGCGUACGUAAAAAUGAUCGAGGAAUCGGAACAUUUCGUCUACAUCGAGAAUCAAUUUUUCAUCACGAGUACCGAGACGAUGAAUACGAGGGUAGUGAACCGGAUCGGUGAUGCGCUCGUCGAACGCAUUAUCAGGGCUCACGAGAAGAAUGAGGAGUGGCGGUGCUGUAUCAUCAUUCCCCUCGUGCCUGGUUUCCAGAAUACGGUCGACCAGGCCGAGGGGAGCAGCGUGCGUUUGAUUAUGCAAUUCCAGUACCGCAGUAUAUGCAGGGGCCCGAACUCGAUCUUUGGUCGUUUGCAAGCGGCUGGGAUAGAGCCUGAAGACUACAUCCAGUUCUUCAGUUUACGGCAGUGGGGACGCAUCGGUGCCGACAACCAGAUUGUGACGGAACAGCUGUAUAUCCACGCCAAGACUAUCGUCGUGGACGACCGGGUUGCCCUAAUAGGGUCGGCUAAUAUCAACGAACGCUCGAUGUUAGGCAACCGAGACUCCGAAGUCGCUGCCAUCGUUCGAGACACUGAAAUGAUGUGGUCAACGAUGGGUGGGAAACAAUACCGGGUCGGCCGAUUUGCUCACACUCUUCGUAUGAGGCUUAUGAGAGAGCAUCUUGGACUGGACGUCGAUGAGAUAACCGAAGAGGAGAGGCAGGCAGAGAUCAGUGCAGAUGCCCGCUUUGAAGCCGAGAUGGGGAAUAUAUAUGGGGACGACGAUGAGACACCGGGCGGGCUGGGUGCGACGUCCGCGGGGCCUAGCACUUACCACCGCGGAGCCAGCUUUAACCAUGAUGUGGCUCCGGGAGAAGACGCCGGUUAUACUUCGUCCUUGUCCUCGUCCUCAGCUUCUUCGAACCCCUCGAGCUCCUCAAAAGGCAAGUCCCUGGAUCGUGACUCGCGGGUUCACGAUAAUGAGAAACAUAAGAGAGAUGUCGAGGGGUAUGGCCCGGAUAACUGGAAGGCGGCACAGGCCAUGGGGCUCGACCUAGGAAGCGAUUCUGUCGUCAUGAAUGGGCACGAGGUUCUCCUCCACAGGGCCAAUCGUUCCCAAAACCACAAGGACACCAAGCCUGGUCGGACGCCUCGGGAAGCAUCUGCUAAGGGCUCUUCACACCGGGGUCUCGACAAGGGCAACGCUCAAUUCCCCCCUCCCCAUCCAGAUUUGUCCGUCAAGCCUCAGUUGCCAUACCCUGGCCAGCCCCCAGCAUUACCGGUGCCGGAUGACGCCGACAUGAGCGGCGCUCAGGGGCGCCCAGAGGACUCCACGAAAUCUGGAAAUGAACUUCCGAACCCUCUACUGGCCGAUAUAGUACCCGCCAAAAUCGACAAGGAUUGUAUGCGUGACCCGGUCGACCCCGAUUUCUGGGAGAAUGUUUGGAUGCGUGUCGCAGUCAAUAAUACGAAGCUCUACCGGCGUGUUUUCCGGUGCAUGCCCGAUAGCGAGGUGUCUACAUGGAAGGAAUACGCCGAGUUCGAGGAUUACGCGCGCAGGUUCAAGGAGAGUAUGGGAGGCUCGAGGAAUGAUGAAUCCGAAUCAGCACCGACUUUUAGUCAAGGAGGCCCAGAGCUUUCUGAGAAACACGCUGUCGAUCCGGCUGAGAAUAAUCCGAAAGUUUUAGUCUCUGACGGGAAUGCGCUGAACGAAAAGGCGUCUACAUUGGACGGCAUCCAUCCUAUAGAAAGUGGACAAUCUCACUUCGGCCCUGACUCCGAGAAGGAUCGCGGGAAGAGUUCUGCCGAAGCAUCUUCUCCAGUCCAACCAGCUGGGGACGUCCCAUUCCCCUCCUAUGAUGGCCUGCAUGACAACGCGCACUUAGACAUUCAGAACGCGGGACGGGACCGGAAAGCAACGUUCUCGUCUUACGAAAAAUCAGCACCGGAACCAGGCAGUGUCACAAACCCAUAUAAUCACAAUUCUACUCGACGUCGACGGCGGGCCACGACUAAGGGUAGCCGACGCGGAGCCGGGAUUCCGUAUGAACUCCUGAGCCGCGAAGAAGCCGAGGAGCUAUGCGGGAUGAUUCAAGGAACGGUUGUGCAGUUCCCCUACGACUGGUUGGAGACUGAGGAAAAGGAUAACCACUGGCUGUACCAGGCAGACCUGUUAGCGCCAAAGGAAAUAUACGACUGAAUGAUUCCUCCCUUCCUUUCCACGAAUGCCUUGAGUUCGAGGUUGUCGCAUUCUGCCUCCUAGACAGUCUACUAGAAGCACACGGUGAGGCUUUGUGACUGCCAUAUUUG